AUGAGCAGUCCCAAGAGGAGAAUAGAGACGGAUGUCAUGAAGCUCAUGAUGAGCGACUACGAGGUCACUCUCGUCAACGACAACAUGCAAGAGUUCUUCGUCAUAUUCAAAGGUCCAUCCGAGACUCCCUUCGCGGAUGGGAGAUGGAAGGUGCAUGUUGAGCUACCAGAUGCGUACCCGUACAGCUCACCAUCCAUUGGUUUCGUCAACCGCAUCUUCCACCCCAACAUCGACGAGCAGUCCGGGUCCGUUUGUCUCGAUGUCAUCAAUCAGACAUGGUCCCCCAUGUUCGACAUGAUCAACAUCUUCGAAGUCUUCCUUCCUCAAUUGCUGCGGUAUCCUAACCCUACCGAUCCCCUCAAUGGUGAAGCCGCUGCUCUCCUUAUGCGUGAACCAAAGAGUUACGACGUGCGUGUCAAAGAAUACGUGACACAGUACGCCACCAACGUACACAACGACGACGAAGAAGAAGACCCAGAAAGCGACGGCGAGCUUAGCGAAGUCGAAGACUUUAAGAGCGACGAUGAGGAGCCCGCCGGUCGCAUGGAGGUCUGA